AUGGCCCCUCCUACUCCCUCCUCGCAUCGCCCCCGCAAGAAGAGAAAGAACCCGACGGCACCGGGCUCGAACAACAGCCUGAUCGUGGAUGUGGGAGACGGGAAACAAUCACCUGCAUUUCCACUGGUCUCAUUUCUGUGGGCGGCACGGGCUGGCGUCUCGCAAUGGCUGAUCCUGCCUCUGACGCUCAUGGCCGUGGGCCUCUUCCGUUGGGCUGUCAGUCUGUGGGGUUACUCUGGGUUCAAUGUUCCUCCAAUGCACGGUGAUUUCGAGGCUCAAAGGCACUGGAUGGAGAUCACUACCCAUCUGCCAAUGGCCAAAUGGUAUCUCUAUGAUUUGCAGUAUUGGGGCCUGGAUUAUCCCCCAUUGACCGCAUACCACAGCUGGCUAUGCGGUAAGAUUGGUUCGGCCUUUGACCCUGCAUGGUUUGCCUUGGACGAAUCCCGGGGAAUCGAGGGAUCGGACUUGAAGGUCUACAUGCGCGCCACCGUGUUCAUCUCCGAAUAUUUCGUUUACGUCCCAGCCAUCGUCACCUUCCUUCGCCGUUAUUCCCGCAUGCACGGGGUGCACGCGUGGUCCGCCUCAAUCGCCCUCGUUGCCAUCCUCCUCCAACCGGCGACCAUUUUGAUCGAUCAUGGCCACUUCCAAUACAAUACUGUGAUGCUGGGCCUCAUGGUUGCAAGUCUGGAUGCUAUACUAGCUGGACGGAUGCUGUGGGCCUGUAUCUUCUUUGUCGGCGCAUUGGGAUUCAAGCAGAUGGCAUUAUACUACGCGCCCGUCAUGUUCGCUUAUCUCCUUGGCGUCUGUGUCUUCCCGCGCAUUCGUAUCCUUCGGCUUCUUAACAUUGCUCUCAUUACACUCGCCGCGUUCGCCCUACUGUUUGCCCCGCUUCUGUAUGGCGCUACAAAGGCGGAGGCUCGAGAGCUCUUUGCGUCUUCGCCACAGCCUCCGCUGCUGCAAGGCCUUCCGAUUGCUCUCGAUAAGAACUCCGUGGCUUAUGCUCUACUUUUCCAGACGACGCAAAUUAUCCACCGCGUGUUCCCAUUCGCCCGUGGUUUGUUCGAGGAUAAGGUGGCCAAUGCCUGGUGCGCUAUUCACACUUUCUACAAGCUGCACCGCUUCGAGGCUUCUCUGCUCCAACGUGCGUCUCUCGGCGCUACACUAGCUUCGAUCCUUGUCCCAUGUGCCAUCAUAUUCCGCCAUCCUCGGGCUUCCCUCCUCCUCCCUUCUUUGUCUUGUGUCUCAUGGGGCUUUUUCCUCUUCUCCUUCCAAGUGCAUGAGAAGAGCGUGCUUCUUCCUCUACUCCCCAUGACUCUGACCUUGGCUGGUGACGGCGGCCUCAGCAAACAAAACCGCGCGUGGGUUGGCUGGGCUAAUAUCCUUGGCUCAUGGACCAUGUAUCCGCUUCUGAGUCGUGAAGAGCUGCGGUUGCCUUACAUUGUCAUGACUCUGCUUUGGGCCUAUCUGAUGGGUCUUCCUCCAACUUCAUUUGAGAUCUUCCGAAGCAGGGCUUCUCCUGAAGAUGCUCCGCUGGAACCGCAUAUCUUUAGCAAGCUCUUACAUCUAGCAUUCUACCUGGCCAUGAUUGGUUGGCACAUUCUGGAAGCGUUUGUGCCUCCACCUGCCGGCAAACCGGAUCUGUGGGUGGUCCUCAACGCCUUGAUCGGUGCGGCCGGGUUUGGACUUGCCUACCUUUGGUGUAUGUGGAAUUUGGUGGUCCAAUGUCGUGAAAUUGACCUUCGGGCAGCUGAAGAGGAGAACCGGAAGAAGAAGCAUUAA